AUGGACGAAGCACAAGUUUCUAGUACAAUCACUGCCAGCAACAUGGAUCUUAUGUCUCAAAGCAAAGCUCUUGUUUCAGAGUCAAUUUCAGAUCUUAAGCGUGCUAACGAAGCUUCGGUUUUUCAACAGAUGGCUGAAAUAAAAAGGUUUAAGGGUGAUCCUGUCCCUCAGGUUACAAGAAGAGUAACGAGGACAAAUAUAUAGCCAACAAAGCUGUAGAGGACGCUCAGGCUUCUUUGGAAAAAAGAGAUCUCAAAAAAACGAAGGAAGCAUGGGACAAAGGUAUGGCUCUUAUUUUGCUAGCUGACAAGUCACCGUUUGGCUGGAAGACUGUACUAGAGUAUAAGCACCACGACCUAGCCGACGAUGAAGAAGACGAGAAGAAGAUUUAUAAUUUAUAGAGCGGAAUCGAGGGCAGGAAAAUUAGUUAAGCUAUCCGCUUGACGUUCAGUUCAGCAACAACGAAGAUUUGUUCCCGCUGUUCAAGCGAAGUCUCCCCAGCUCGCGACUUCCCAGUUGCCGAAUGGUUUCUCGCGUGUCAAUCAACAGCAAUUCCCCCAAAGAUCUGCUUCUGGUGUUUGUUUUGAGUGUGGCAAACCUGGCCAUUGGAGAGCAUCGUGUCCGGUAUUGCAGCAGACGAAUGCAUGCAGUCUUCCAAGUGAUUCUCUGA